AUGGUACCCUUUCAAACUGUAGAGAGACGCGGCUUUAAAACCAUGAUCGGAGCUAUUGAGCCACGAUACGAGCUGCCAAGCCGCAAAUACUUUACAGAAACAGAGAUGCCAACAUUAUAUUCCGAGCUUCGCGAAAAGGUUGAAAGAGAGCUUUGUGGUUUGAAGUACUUUGCCACUACAGCGGACCUUUGGUCGAGCCGAACCAUGGACCCUUUCCUCAGCCUGACCAUUCACUAUAUAACGGACAAUUGGAAUCUUGGGAGCCGGUGUUUGCAGAGGUCGUACUUCCCUACUGAACAUACGGCCAAGGAGAUAGCACAAGGACUCAAAGACGUGCUCGAGUCAUGGGGUUUUAAUGAAGAAAGCCAAGUGUGCAUCACCACUGAUAAUGGAGCGAACGUGGUCAAAGCAGCGUCUCUGAAUGACUGGACCAGGCUGCAGUGCUUUGGACAUAGGCUGCACCUCGCCAUCGAAAAAAGUGUGAAGGACCCCCGAAUCGACCGUGCUGUUGCCUUAUGCAAGAAGAUUGUAAGUUCCUUUUCCCACUCUUGGAAAAGAAGAAAAGCACUGAAGAAAGCCCAGGCUGAGCACAAUCUUCCCUUACAGCGUCUCAUCACAGAAACGCCCACAAGGUGGGGGUCACGACAGAUGAUGAUCCAGAGGGUGCUUGAGCAAGAGAAGGCCCUAUCACAGGUACUGAAAGCAGACAAGAAAACCAGACACCUGGUACCCACGUGGCAAGAUACAGAUGUCCUGGAAUACAUGAGAAAGACCCUUGGCCCACUGCUUGAGUUCACAGACGCACUGUCUGGGGAACAGUAUGUCAGCGUGUCAUACAUUAAACCCGUUCUCCACCUUUUCAAUAACACUGUUCUUACUGCAGCUGAUGAUGAUGCAGAGCUGACCAAGGACAUGAAAAGGAUCAUCCUAGAGAACUUAAAUGAGAAGUACUCAGACCCAGAAACUGUUGAUUUGAUUGAUAUGGCCUCACUGGUCGACCCACGGUUUAAAGAUACAUAUACAGCUGAUGACCACAAGAUGUUCAUCAAGACCAGAGCAGUAGCAGAAAUUCAGUCACUGUUGGCCGUGAAAGCUGUAAUGGUCACAGAGCCACACACAAGCAUAGAAGCUGCAGCUGCUGGUGUUGAAGCUGCUGAAGCUGCUGUUGAGACAGAAUCGAAGAAAGUCAAAAGGAGCCUGGGAAGCUUUUUCAAAAAGGCCUCUGAUGACACAGGUGCUCUCGCUGACAGAGAGGCCAUCGAAGGGGAGCUAAAACGUUACCUGAGGACCAUGCCAGUUGAUGGAGAGACUGACCCCCUGGGCUGGUGGCGGCUGCACCAAGUUAAUUUUCCCAGGGUGGCAAGACUGGCCCAGAAAUAUCUCUGCAUCCCGGCCACAAAGAAGAUCAUCUGGUUGGAGAUGGAGGAUGAGGAGGUGAUGCAGGAAGGAGAUGCUGAGGGAGAGAAGAUCAUCUGGUUGGAGAUGGAGGAUGAGGAGGUGAUGCAGGAAGGAGAUGCUGAGGGAGAUCUGUCCUCAUCCAUCUGGUUUCUAAACCUGCUUAGUCCAGUUCAGGGUCACAGGGGGGUGGAGCCUAUCCUGGCCGUCAAUGGAUGA